AGCAUGCCCCGCCCCGCCGCUGGGUGGCUCAGUCCGCCGGCAGCCGCGCGCGGGGCGCUCCGGGCGCGGGGACGUCCACGCCGCGCCGCCCUCCCUGUGAGCGCGAUGCCCGGCCCGCCGCGCCCCCGGGCCCGGGUCCCGCUGCUGCUGUUGCUGCUGCCGCCGCUGCUGCUCGCUCUGGCGGCCCGCGGGAGCUGCGCCGCGCCCGCGCCCAGCGCCGAGGACCUCAGCCUGGGGGUGGACUGGCUGAGCAGGUUCGGCUACCUGCCCCCGCCGGACCCCACAACGGGGCAGCUGCAGGCACCAGAAGAACUGUCCAAGGCCAUUGCAGCCAUGCAGCGGUUUGGGGGCCUGGAGGCCACCGGAGUCCUGGACCAGGCCACCUUGGCACUGAUGAAAACCCCACGCUGCUCCCUCCCUGACCUCCCUGCGGCCCCAGCUCGAAGGAGGCGCCAGGCUCCGGCCCCCACCAAGUGGAGCAAGAGGAAUCUGUCAUGGAGGGUCCGCACCUUCCCGCGGGACUCGCCCCUGGGCCGCGACACGGUGCGAGCGCUCAUGCACUACGCGCUCAAGGUCUGGAGCGACAUCACGCCCCUGAAUUUCCACGAGGUGGCGGGCAGCCGCGCCGACAUCCAGAUCGACUUCUCCGCCGCCGACCACAACGACCGCUACCCCUUCGACGGCCCGGGAGGCGCGGUGGCCCACGCCUUCCUCCCUGGUGACCACCACACCGCCGGGGACACCCACUUCGACGACGACGAGGCCUGGACCUUCCGCUCCUCAGAUGCCCACGGCAUGGACCUGUUCGCGGUGGCCGUCCACGAGUUUGGCCACGCCAUUGGGCUGGGCCAUGUGGCGGCCCCGCGCUCGGUCAUGCAGCCCUACUACCAUGGCCCUGUGGGUGACCCACUGCACUACGGGCUGCCCUACGAGGACCGCGUACGCGUCUGGCAACUGUACGGCGUGCGGGAGUCCGUGUCCCCCACGGCACAGCCAGACACCGAGGAGCCCCCCCUCCUGCCGGAGCCCCCCAACAAUCGGUCCAGCACACCAUGGCGUGGGCACAGCUGCUCUCCCAGCCUGGCUGUGCAGAGGGUCAUGCCGAGCGUGAUUUCCUCUCAGCCUUUGCCCCAGUCACCUGCCGCUGCCUCCACCUCCCCCACCCUGCCUGCCCCCCCCUGCCACCGCCAUCUGCCUUCUGCCUCCAUGAAUCUACCUUGUCCGUGGACCUCAUCAGGCGUCAUUCCCCACGUGGUGCCGUCUGGUUUUCUGACGGUGGCCAUCAAGUGGGUGCGAGGCCUGGCGGGUACUGUGGAGCGGGGCAGACUCACGGGGUGGCUGAGCCCCGCCCGGCUCUUUCUCUCCCCAGGAGACAGAUACUGGCUGUUUAAGGACAAUAACGUAGAGGAAGGAUUCCCGCGGCCCAUCUCUGACUUCGGCCUCCCACCCGGCGGUGUCGACGCCGCCUUCUCCUGGGCCCACAAUGACAAGACUUAUUUCUUUAAGGACCAGCUGUACUGGCGCUAUGAUGAGCACACACGGCGCAUGGACCCCGGCCACCCCGCCCAGAGCCCCCUGUGGAGGGGCGUCCCCAGCACGCUGGACGCCGCCAUGCGCUGGUCCGACGGGGCCGCCUACUUCUUCCGUGGCCAGGAGUACUGGAAGGUGCUGGAUGGGGAGCUGGCGGUGGCGCCCGGGUACCCGCAGUCCACAGCUCGGGACUGGUUGGUCUGCCGUGACCUGCAGACCAGCCCUGAGAGCACGGAUGGACAGGCAGGGGCCCACGCCCGGCCAGGACAGACCGACCAGAGUCGCUCAGAGGACGGCUACCAGGUGUGCUCCUGCAGCUCCCUGGCCUCCCGUCCCCCCGGGGCCUCGGGCCCGCUGUUGGCCGCCGUGCUGCUGCUGACGCCAAGCAUGCUGUGGACAGCCGCCCAGGCCCUGGCACUCUGACAGCCGGCGCUGGCCUGCGAGAGGACAGGGGUCACAGCCUGGGUCCACACGGGCAGGGACGAAUGCCCUCGCCCCGCCAGCGUCUGAAACAGAAACUUCCCGAGCUUCGUGGGCACGGCCUUGAGGACCCAGCCUGACACCCCCGAGUGAAGCCCCUGCUCCAGCCUCCAGGACGGGGGACAGGCAGCCCCUGGCACUGUUCCUCGGCCAGUCAGCACUGACACUGGGGCACCGUCCACGCAGCUUUACUGCCUCUGCCCGCCCUGGCCUGCCAGGUGGGAGUCGGGGAGAUGCUAUCAAGGCCAGGUGGGGACGGGAGCCGUCCUUCCAGCCAGCAAGAGACUGGAUCACAUAGAACCUCAUUGAUGGGCCACGCAGCAGGGCUGGGGGCGUUCACUCAGGCCUUCCCCUGCCCCUGGGGCCCUGGACACCGCUGCCUGGCCGGCACUGCCACUCAUUGCGUCCACACUGCCGCCCCUGGUCCCUGGUGCUUCUGCUCACCCUUGGGGGCUUUUGUCCCUGGUCCCCAUGGGACUGCUGAUGGCCUUGCUCAGGGCAGCCCCCAACACUCAGACAAGCCCCCCAAGCUGGGGUCACCACUGGCCUCCCUUGUGAUACCUGCAGACAAACACGACCUCCCCUGCUUCAUAACAGUGCAGGCUCGGCUCCCUGACACACCCCAGGGGCAGCCAUCCUCCAGGCCUGAACCCCAGACCCACCUGCACUCAGGUGGUGGGAGCUUCUAGGAAGGGCUGUGAGGUGAUCAUGCCCUCCCUGGCGUUCACCAGCACCUCCUUGAUGACUCCAUGUCCCCCAGGGUUGUUACACCCAUUUCUCAGAUGGGUGAGCGGAGGUCAGCUUGGGAAAGAACCACCUGCCUGCAGGCAGCGGCCUGACGGCAUCAGGUCUCUGACAGGACGCGCUAGCACAUUCACCACAGGCGUUGACAGCACCUGCCGUGACGUGCAGGACGUGCAGAGCGAGAAGGCUGUCUCGGGACACACCUGGGAUGCAGCUGCCAACCCAGAGUGCUGUCCACCCAAAGUGUAGGGACAGUGCUGCUGGCCAGUCCAGGAAGCCACUGUCCCCUCCCUGGGGCUGGAGGAGCCUUCUAACACCUGGAGCACAAGUGGGGUUCAGUUAGGAACACACGUGUAGCUGGGGAGCAGCAAGCUGUAAAGUGGGUGCGGGGUACCUUCAGGGCACUUUAGAGCAGGGCCGGCAGGCAGCAGCCCGGCUCCUGGACCUGUGGAAAGGCAGCUUCUGGGACCUGACCAUAGCGCAGCCUGUGUCAGGUCCCCUCCCCCUAAGUGUGAUGCACAAGAGGGUGUGGGGAAACCACUGUUCCCCAGGGGGUCGGAAAGGCUGCUUAGCAAAAACGGAGGAGUAGGUUUUCAGCGAUGGGGGAGGGGCAGCAGUGCUGCCCGGCCUGGGCCUGAGGGUCUGCACGUGCAGAAGGCCCGUCGUCCCACCAGGAGGAGCCCCAGAACACAGGGCCAGCCCCUCCGCAGCUUAUAGGGUGUUGUGUUCACACCCUGGAUCCCAGGAAGUCAUCACUGAAUUUCCCCCACUGACCCUGGCCCUAGGGAGGGGCAGAAACGUCCCCACUUCUCACAGGAGGGCGUGUCCUGACAUCCUGACGCCCAGGCAGCAGAGGCAGCCCUGGAACCUGGGAUCAUGGCCGGGCAGCAGGCUCUGGCCAGGCCCUGCGCUCACAGCCAAGCGGAGCCACAUCCCACGCCCAUCUGUGCACCAUCUGGUCCCUGCAGGAGGGACCCCUGCCUGUCAGACCAGACUGGAUGAACUGGGGUCCUUCCUGGGGGGUACAGAUGCCUCCCACUUGAGGACACCGCCCCACCCCUGCGUAGUCCCAGUUCAUCUCCAGCGGCUUGGCAGGAAGCCUUGUGCAUUUGGGGAGAGGGUCCCCCCUCCCCGGGCACACAGCCCCAGGGGACAGAGCGAGCCGUGGACCAGGUCUGUAAGAGCCCGGAGUGUCACGGUGGGUGGUGGUCUUACUCUUCUGUUAAAGCCAAACCCUUUUAUAAAACGUGCCCACCAACUCUGUGUCGUGCGAAGAAGGAGCAGCACAGAAGGGCGACCUUCUGUGUUGGGUUGUGAGAGACACGGUGAUGGUAGCAGCUGCUUCUACUCGGGCCUGCAAAGCAGGGCCUGGGUGCUCGCAGGAACCCACAAAGUACACGGCUCCCCCCAUCUUUCUGUAUACACCUACAUAAAUCAUCUUCGCAGAGAAG